CAUUGAUCAUUUUUUCUGUCCAGUUUUUCUCUUUCCUCACACCCUCUUAUUUUAUUAUUCAAAAGCUCUUUAAAAGUCCGAACCCAGAAUCUAAAAUCUAUGACAAAUUAUUAAGAUCAAAAACUUUGAGCCUUCAAAAUACCAUCAAUUUAUUUUUACCGACCAAAAAAAACCUGCCACUCAUUAUAUUUUAUAUAAAUCUUAAGAUCCAUUAUCUCUGCCAUAUCAAUGAUCUUAGUCUAUUAUUUGCAUUCAUAAUAAUUCGUUAAUUUCGUGAUUUCUCUUAUUUGAUUAAUUCACUAAUUAUUACUAAAAAGGUUGCUAAAGUUGAUCAAUGGAGCCCAAGAUUGUUACUGGAGAAGGCGGUUAUGCUCUUGAUGAUGUUCCUCACUUCUCCGAUUAUCUCACUAAUCUCCCUACGUAUCCGAAUCCCUUACAGACCAAUCCUUCAUAUUCAGUGACCAAGCAAUAUUUUGUAGAUUUUGAUGACACGGUUGUUCAAAAGGCUGUUCAACAUAAAGAUGGUCCAAGGGGUAUACAUUUCCGACGACAAGGUCCCCGGCAAAAGGUGUAUUUUAAGCCAGAUGAAGUUACAGCAUGUAUUGUUACAUGUGGAGGUCUAUGUCCCGGGCUUAACACUGUGAUCAGAGAGUUAGUUUGUGGCUUGGAUUACAUGUAUGGUGUUAAAAAUAUCCUGGGAAUUGAAUGUGGCUAUAAAGGGUUCUAUGCUCGGAAUACACUCCCUUUAACACCAAAGACUGUUGACAGCAUCCACAAACGAGGUGGAACUAUCCUCGGUACAUCUAGAGGUGGAUAUGUCACUUCCAAAAUUGUGGACAGCAUUCAGGACAGGGGAAUUAAUCAGGUGUACAUAAUUGGAGGAGAUGGAACUCAAAAGGGUGCAUCAGUAAUAUAUCAGGAAGUAAGAAAGCGAGGUCUUAAGGUUGCAGUUGUGGGAAUUCCAAAAACAAUUGACAAUGACAUUCCGAUCAUCGACAAAUCUUUUGGGUUUGACACUGCUGUGGAGGAAGCACAACGUGCUAUAAAUGCUGCACACACUGAAGCUGAAAGUGUUGAAAAUGGGAUUGGUCUUGUCAAGUUGAUGGGUCGUGACAGCGGAUUCAUUGCAAUGUUUGCAACCCUGGCUAGCCGAGAUGUUGACUGUUGCUUGAUCCCGGAAUCACCCUUCUAUCUCGAAGGGGAAGGUGGGCUCUAUGAGUUCAUUGGGAGACGACUCAGAGAGAACGGCCACAUGGUUAUAGUCAUAGCUGAAGGAGCAGGUGAGAAGGUAGAAGAAAGAGACCCUUCUGGAAAUAAGGCUUUUAAAGAUGUUGGUCUCUGGCUGUCUUUCAUGAUCAAGGAACACUUUGCUAAAACAAAAUUGAACAUUACUCUUAAGUACAUAGAUCCUACAUAUAUGAUCCGAGCUGUUCCUGCUAACGCAUCAGACAACGUUUACUGUACGAUUCUUGCUCAAAGCGCGAUUCAUGGGGCUAUGGCGGGUUACACAGGUUGUACUGUCGGGCCAGUCAACGGCAGACAAUGCUACAUUCCUUUCUAUCGAGUAAUCGAGAAACCAAACAAAGUUGUGAUAACAGAUAGAAUGUGGGCUAGGCUUUUGUCUUCAACCAACCAGCCUAGUUUUAUGCAUCCUCCCAAGGGUGCCAUUAUUGAAGGAAAGCAGGACGAGGUAGUGCUAUCGGAAUCUGCUGCUGAAGAAUCAAAUGAGAACGAAAAGUGUACACCGACAUCAACCUCGUUAUCAAUCCAUGAUAAUCAUGUUGAUGAUCAGUAUUCGAUGAGCAAUGGAUCUUCUGAACUGCUGCUAAAGUAAAAACAGGUUUCAACUUUUCCGACAUUAUGUAAACUUCCGCUGUUUUGGAGGAACAGAGGAGAUGAAUAAUAAUCAGCCACCUUGGAUUCGUCCUACGUUAGUGCUCGUCUAAUAGUAGGGAAGAUACCACAAAAUUGUUAUUAAGGAAAUUGUUGAUUUAACAACUAGUGUUUGUGCCUUUUUGUAAAUUUUGAAGAGUGAAUUGAUCAAUGUACUAAUGUUUGGAAUAUUUUGUGUGCCAAAUGUAUUUUGUGUUUUAGUUGUAGAAAGCUCCAAGUUUGUGCA